UAUAGCCUGAGAGGGGUCCUGGACAGUUCUGGCAGUCAAAAUGAGGCUUUACCUCCCUGUCUGCUGCCUGCUGCCUCUACUGGCACUCGCCACUGCAGGUAAGAAAACUGGAUUCAAAUGCAGGUGGACUGCUGAACUAAGAGCUGCAGAUGCAGUGGAGUCUGAGACUGAGUCGCUGGUGCCGUUCCAGCUGAAGUCUGAAGGCGAGCUGUUUAACUGCUGUGAUGGCACAGAGGAUAUAAGCCAGAGCUCCUCCAAUGACACUCCUGCACCAAACAGACCUGUGUGCCAACCCUGUGGCACUGGUGCACAUAUUGACACCACGGCCGAAGAUGUCAGCUCUGAGGAUGAAGAGGAAGAUGUUGUUUCAGAAGAGAAAUCUGAAGAGUUGAAUCAAGAGGAGACCUCUUCUGAAGAGAUAUUUGAGGAGGAGGCACAGGAAGGAGAGGCAGAAGCUGAGUUAGAUGAAUCUAAUGAAGCGGCGGUGGAUGAAGUUAUUGAGGAGGCACGUGAAGACGUGAAGGAGGAGGAGAUCUCAGAGGUAGACAGUGAUGUAGAGUCACAAAUAGUUGUUGAGGAAUCUGUGGAAGAAGACGACGAGGAACUUGCUCAGACUGAAGAGGAGGUAGUUGAGGAAGAAGAGGUUCUUCAGACUGAAGAUGAAACAGGUGAAGAAGAGGAACUUGCUCAGACUGAAGAGGAGGUAGUUGAGGAAGAGGAGGUUCUUCAGAUUCAAGAUGAGGCAAGUGAGGACAAGGAGAUUUCUCAGAUAGAAGACGAGGCAGAGGCAAUUUCUCAGGCUGAAGAGCCAGUGGAAGAUAAAUCAGAAGAGGUAAUGGAGGAAGAAAGAAACCUGGGGUACCCCUACAGCGACGUGUGCCAGUGGUUUAUCGACCGUGCCGAUCUCAUCUUCCUGGUGUUUGACCCAACCAAACUGGAUGUCGGUUUAGAACUUGAAAUGCUGUUCAGACAGAUGAAGGGACGCGAGUCACAGAUCCGUAUCAUCCUCAACAAGGCUGACAGUCUAACAACCCAGGACCUAAUGCGCGUGUACGGUGCCCUCUUCUGGAGCAUGGCACCUUUGAUUAACGUGACAGAACCACCACGUGUCUACGUGAGCUCAUUUUGGCCGCAGGAUUACGCUCCUGACACCAACAGAGAUCUUUUUAAACGUGAGGAGAUCUCUCUGCUGGAGGACCUAAAUCAGGUAAUCGAGAACCGGCUGGAAAACAAAAUCGCCUUCAUUCGGCAGCACGGCAUCCGCGUGCGCAUCCACGCCCUCCUGGUCGACCGCUACCUGCAGACGUAUUAUGAGAAGCUGGGCUGGUUUAGUGACCCACAUGAGGUUUUCGACGAUAUUGUCAGCGACCCUGACAAAUUCUACAUCUUCAAGUCCAUUCUGGCCAAGACCAAUGUGAGUAAGUUCGACUUGCCAGAACCGGAGGCGUACCGGGACUUCUUUGGAGUCAAUCCUCCCAGUGGCUUUAAGCUCCUCUCCUCAUACUGCAGCUGGUCAGGCGGAUGCCUGCUGGAGACGAUCGAGAAGGCCAUCACAGAUGACCUGCCAGCUUUGCUCAGCAGUCUGGCAGAGAAACGGGAAGCCAAGGCAGAAGCGGCUGCAGAAACCAAGGACAAACCCUCAAACCGCUGGAGGAGACAGUAACACAAGAAUGGUGGGAGAUGUGGGAAGUAUGGAAGAGUGGCACCAAAGCAAUGAAUGAGAGUAUAAGUGACACUUAGAUGAGAUUCACAUCAAUGGAAAGCCAGUUAAACACCGUACGUACAGAGUCUCUUACCACUCUGUAUAAAACAGACCUAGGAUUCGGUGUCCUAUUUUUCUUCCUUUUCUGUUAUUCUUUUUCUUCCUUGUUCUAAUUUAACUCAGCUAGCAAAUUUUACUUAUUUAUACUAU